CUGUCCAAUCAUUUGACACCAACUCUCUACAUUUUCAUUGGGUAGCUCUUGUUGCGUUAGCUUCCGUAAAUGCGGCCAUUCACUAUCAAGUCUACGCUCAGUUAUUUUAGUUUUGGCAUGAAGCGAUAGUGCUCACCGGCUACGAGAAACAGCGCAAUGACGUAAGCGUACCUCAGGAAAUAUCGAACAAAUAAUAACAACCUAUCGAUCCAUUCAAGAUGGUGUUAGAUACUAUUUCGCGAAUCAUAAAAACGCAGCUUCCAGCCUAUCUCAAGAAGCUUCCCCUCCCGGAGACGAUCGGUGGAUUUGCAAGACUAACAGUCUCAGAGUGGCUCCGGUUGCUGCCCCUCUUGGGAAUCCUUGCUCUGCUAGGAUAUCUGACCAUCCGGCCCUUCCUGCCUAAGAAGAAGAAGCAGAGAGACAGCUUGAUCAACCUGAAGAUCCAGAAAGAAAAUCCCAAAGUUGUCAACGAGAUUGAUAUUGAGGACCUGAAGAGCACCAACGUCUGUUACUGCCGUUGCUGGCGCUCCAAAACGUUUCCUGUUUGUGAUAAAUCACACAUAAAACACAAUGAGUUGACGGGAGACAACGUGGGCCCUCUCAUACUGAAGAAGAAGAUUCUAUAAUGAACCAUCAACACCCUCUGUGGAGGCAUCUGCCACCUCCCUGUCUACUUACACUAUAGUUGCAGGUUUUUUUUUUGUCUUUUAAGUUUUAUGUUAUUUCUAUACUUAAAAUGUUUGUUUUUAUCAUCAUUUUGUGUUCUGUCAAUUCUUCACACUCAUGACAAUUUUGCCUAUUGAUGCUGAAAACUGUUAUAUAAUAAUGACUUCCUCACCUUCCUUCCAGACUGAAUUCCCUUAAUUUAGCAACAAUGUGCCAUAACUGAGAUUGGUUUUACACUCCUUCUGAUAUGGACUGUCAAAUUCUCUUAGCUAACCUGCAAAGCAUUGCUCAGUUCCAGAUUAUUUGGGACCACUUUGAGGGAAACUUGAAUCUCUUCCUACAACUGUCAUUCACAAGGACAGUACCAUUUUGUAUGAUAUCACCAAAAGACAACUUUGUUUAACUUGCCUCAGAACUACUGUAUACUUGUUAAGUGUUGAACCUGCCUACACACUUGUGAACUAUUUAAUAAAUAUUGUAUGUAUGGGACAUAA